GCCGCGUGUAUACAGUACGAAUAUAGCUCAAUGUUACAGUGCCGUCGGAUAUCAGAAUUCAAGCUGUCUUGGCAAGGGACACAAUGGAGCUUGAUCUCAAAAAAGAUGUCGAAUCACAAUGCUGGACUUACAACAUCUUGUGUCACUACACCAAAUCAUGCUGACCUGCCAGAUAUACUGGCAAAUAAAGCAAGCCCAACAUCCGGAGAUGACGUACCCAGCCGACAAAUGAUGGAUACUUACAUACUACAAGUUUGGACUGGAUUCCAAGCUGUCAAUGCAAGAGUUGGAGUUUUGAAAAGUAUACGCGCCAGCACACGAGUCUCGAGCCAUUUCCGUUGCAUUGUUGGUUGUCCAAAGUGUACGCAAUCAUCGUUCAGCUCACCCGAGAUCCAGAAUUUCUGUGUGUGCGCUGAGGAUGUCGUGGUAUAUAAAUCAACUCUCCAGCAGAAAGCCAUCGAGCCAGAACCCUAUCAUCAUCCAAGAUCAGUCAUCAAGCAAACGAAUUACCUCACUCAACAUGUUCAAAUCCAUUCUCUUCGUCGCGGCGACAGCAAUCGCUCCCGUCCUGGUUCGAGCAGAUUUUUGCAAGGGACAAAACGACGUCUUCUUCUUCGCCUGGUAAGCAAAACCCACCGUCAAACUUCCAACUUUCCAAUACUUAUCCUUUGUCAUAGGACCGUGAAUCUCAGCGGCAUCGAAGGCGGUUGCGAUGCGAUUGUCAACGGCAACAAUUUUCAAGCUGUCCUGCAAGGCGAGGGUGGUUGUUUCGCAGUCACAGCAUUCAGCUGUCAGGAUCCUGAGGGCGGCGGCACUACCUUUACCUUUAAUCAAUCAGACUUUUGCGAUGGCGGCUCGGUGGCUGAUGCAGUGAGCCAGGUGUUUAAUGUGGAUGCAUUCAGUUGUUCUGGACAGGGGCCAGCUUGAGUAAAUAUAUAGUCAGUUGAUUCGACAGUAUGACUUUUGAGCUUGCCUUUUGUGGAAACCGAACCUCGCGUGAUGAUGUUCAACGAGUACUGUAUACCGUCUACUCGUACGUUUCCUGUGCAUUGGCGCAAU